AUGGCUAGAUACGGUGCUACUUCCACUAACCCAGCUAAGUCUGCCUCUGCUCGUGGUUCCUACUUACGUGUUUCCUUCAAGAACACUAGAGAAACUGCUCAAGCUGUUUCCGGUUGGGAAUUGACCAAGGCUCAAAAAUACUUGGACCAAGUUUUGGAACACCAAAGAGCUAUCCCAUUCAGAAGAUUUAACUCUUCUAUUGGUAGAACUGCCCAAGGUAAGGAAUUUGGUGUUACCAAGGCUAGAUGGCCAGCCAAGUCCGUUAAGUUCGUCCAAGGUUUGUUGCAAAAUGCUGCUGCCAACGCUGAAGCUAAAGGUUUAGAUGCUACUAAAUUGUACGUCUCUCACAUCCAAGUUAACCAAGCUCCAAAGCAAAGAAGAAGAACUUACAGAGCUCACGGUAGAAUUAACAAGUACGAAUCUUCUCCAUCUCACAUUGAAUUGGUUGUUACCGAAAGAGAAGAAGCUGUCGAAAAGGCUGCUGAAAAGAAGGUUGUUAGAUUAUCUUCCAGACAAAGAGGUAGAAUCGCUGCUCAAAAGCGUAUCUCUGCUUAA